AUGGCGGCGCCGCCCAACUCCACCACCUUCUCCGGCGACGUGUGGGCGGAGCUCCGCCUGGCCGACGCCCGCGACGUGCCGCACAUCCACCGCCUCACACACCAGAUGGCCGAGUUCGAGCUCCUCACCGACCUCUUCGCCGCCACUGAAGAGCUCCUCACCACCACGCUCUUCCCCUCGCCGACGCCGCCUCCCUUCACCUCCUUCACAGCCCUCAUCCUCGACCUAUCCCCCUCCCCCAUCGUCCCGGACGCCUCCUCCACCAUCGCCUCCCGCCGCCUCGACCUCUCCGCGUCCCCGCUCGCGGACCCGGAGGCCGCCGCCUUCGCCUCCCCGCGCGGCGGCGGGCGCGUCACGGCCGGGUUCGUGAUCUGCUUCCCCAACUACUCCACCUUCCUCUCCAAGCCCGGGCUGUACGUGGAGGACAUCUUCGUGCGCGCACCCUGGCGCCGCCGCGGGCUCGGCCGGAUGAUGCUGUCUGCCGUCGCCGGCAGGGCGGCCGAGCUCGGGAUGGGGCGGGUGGAGUGGUGCGUGCUCGACUGGAACAAGAACGCCAUCGACUUCUACGAGGGGAUGGGCGCCGAUGUGCUCCCGCAGUGGCGCAUCUGCCGGCUCGCCGGCGCAGCGCUGGACAAGUACAAGGGCAGCCAGGAGGAGGCCGCCGGUGGGAAGGCUGCAGAGUAG